AUGUCCAGUACAGUAGAGAAUGGGGAACUGGACCAGUAUGCUGACGACAGUACGGUACAUGCAGCAGGACGCACUGUACAGGACAUAAGAACAAAGACUCUGGUGGAUUUAGAAUGUGUGGCUAAAUGGUCGGACCACAACAUGCUUAAACUGAACAACGGCAAGACAAAGACCAUGCUGGUUGGGACGUCUAAGAAGACAAGAGUCGCACCUCCACUACAGUUGGAACUCAGGGGGCAGAGUUUACAACAAGUACCCACUGUCAAGCUUUUGGGAGUACAUGUCGACCAAAACCUCACAUUCGACAAUCACAUAGACCAUGUUGUAAAGAACUGUAAUAGGAGCAUGGCGCAAGUGAACAGGGUGAGGAAAUUACUUCCGCGCAGACUGAGGAUAAAACUGAUUCAGGCCCUUGUACUGACACAUCUAGACUACUGCAGUUCGGUGUGGGCGAGUACGUCUAGGAAGAACAUAAACCGGCUACAGGUCGUGCAGAACAGAGCGGCCAGGAUCGCCCUUGGUUGCCACAGGUACACAAGCAGGGACGCUUUGCUGCAGACGCUAGGAUGGCUGUCCGUGAAAGACAGAAUCCAGCAGAAAAGUGUAGUGACUUUUCGUUAA